AUGGCCGCAAUCACUCCUUCUCCAGAAAUCAGCCCCGUGUCAGCGGCCACCACCAAUGGAGGCUUUCCCCGUGACGCCUUCUACCUCAAUCUCUCCACUCUGCCAGACACCAACAGCUUCGUGCUUAAAUCCACUCUAAGAUCUCCUCAUCUCCUCGAGUCCCCCAAUGGCUUGUUCUCAGGAAGCAGUAGUGUAAACGGUACCUUCAAGAAGCGACCCCGCAACAUGUCACAGUCCUCUGGUACCGACCGGGAAAUGUCCAAUGACACCACCCCGCCCGCACAGUCAAAUGGUAUCGCGCCCACCAGCAACGGCACCAACGGUACCAGCACAGAGCCACGCCCGACAAACAAGAAGCGCCCAAGUACCGACACAAUAGACUAUCCGCGGCGGCGCGCAACCAUUGCGUGUGAGAUAUGUCGGUCACGCAAGUCGCGAUGUGAUGGAACCAGGCCAAAGUGCAGGCUUUGCACAGAGCUCAACGCAGAAUGUAUCUACCGCGAACCCGGCAUCAAGCUUGACGCAGGCGACAAGCUGAUUCUGGAACACUUGAACCGCAUCGAAGGCUUGCUCCAAUCCGGUCUUACCAGUAACUUCUCCCUCUCUUCCCACUCACCUGCAGCCAGCAACUCGACCAGCGAAGAUUUUCUCGCCCGCAGUAGCGGCAAUAUACCCCAUCUCGGCAUGGUUCAGCCGAUCAACGGCAUCGGCACAUGGACUAACCAUCCUUCAAAUAUCUCGACCAUGCCAAAGACCCAUAAUACUGCCGCGCUUAAUCUGCUGUCGUCACCAAUGAUCCGCGAGCUCGUUUCUCGCCAGUAUGACGCCAAGAUCCUUCUCCAGCUCGAGAUGACUAGGGAAUCGGUAAGCCUCGGAACCAGUCGCGGGCUAGAUCUCUCCAACACGGGCGCAUAUGUUCAAGCAUAUUUCGAAAGAGUCAAUGUUUUCUACGCCGUUGUCAACCCCUAUACCUGGAGUGCCCACUACCAGACUGCCCUCAGCCAUGGAUUCCGGGAUGGUCCAGAAAGUUGCAUAGUGCUCUUGGUGCUUGCGCUCGGUCAUGCUGCAAGCACAGGCAGCAUCACACAGCAAAACCCGGAGAAGGAUCCUCCGGGUUUGGCGUAUUUCGCUGCAGCCUGGAGCUUGUUGCCCACUGUUAUGACAAGGAACAACAUGGUUGCAGCACAAUGUCAGAUCCUAGCCGCAGCAUACUUGGUCUACCUUGUACGUCCAGUCGAGGCCUGGAAUGUGUUAUCCGGCGCGAGCAUGAAGCUUCAGCUCCUGUUGAGCGCGCCUGGUCGCGUGUCCCCUGCCGAGGAAGAGCUGGGCAAGAGAGUAUAUUGGAACGCAGUCAUGAUUGAAAGCGAUCUGUUGGCAGAACUUGAUCUUCCCCACUCUGGUAUAGCACAGUUUGAAGAAGGCUUCUCACUUCCAACCGGUUUUGAAGACUUGGGAACCGACGCUGUUGGUCGCGAUGAGCUCUGGUAUUUCCUCGCCGAGAUCGCUCUCCGGAGACUGCUCAAUCGCGUAAGCUCUAUGCUCUACAUCCGAACAACACCAUACUCGAAAGGCCCAGCUGCUACCUCGAUUGCGCAACUAGACCCGCUGGUCGUGGAACUAGACUACCAAUUGAACCAGUGGUAUGCUGGAUUACCGCCAGCCAUGCAAUUCCCGCUCGACAGAGUACCACUGCAGAACCCCGUCCAGACCGUACUGAGACUACGCUACUUUGCAUGCCGCACAAUCAUCUUCCGACCCUAUGUGCUUCUUGUGUUACAAGACGAAUCUCUUGCAAUGGAUUCAAGUGUGCAGGAUAACUGCCACAAGUGCCUCGAAGCAUGCGUUCGUCAACUGGAAUACAUCACCGCGCACCAUGCUGGACAUUUGCCUUAUUUGUUUCAAGGCGCACUUUCUAUCAUCUCGCAAACACUUCUCAUCAUGGGUGCUACCAUGACACCUUCUUUAUCGCAGCUUCUUCCGCCACCGGCGACAAUGGACGACAUCAUAAAUAAUGUUGUUCUAGAGAUGGAGCGCUACGCGCAUCUUGCGCCCAGUCUUCGUCUCUCUGCUGAGAUUAUACGCGAAGCCGAGGGAAAACGACAAAUGUGGCUACGAACAGCGGGACUCAAAUUUGAGGUUUGA